AGGAGGAGGAGGAGGAGGAUGUGGUCGGGGUCGGGCGUGGGGGCUCCGGCGCCCGCCUGGUACCACCGGGACCUGAGCCGCGCGGCGGCCGAGGAGCUCCUGGCCCGGGCCGGCAGGGACGGCAGCUUCCUCGUCCGCGACAGCGAGAGCGUCCUGGGGGCCUACGCGCUCUGCCUCCUGUUUCAGAAACACGUCCACACUUACCGCAUCCUGCCUGACGAGGAGGACUUCCUGGCUGUGCAGACCUCCCAGGGUGUCCCCGCGCGCCGGUGCCAGACGCUGAGUGAGCUGGUGGGGCUGUACGGGCAGCCCGACCAGGGCUUGGUCUGUGCCCUGCUGCUGCCCGUCGAGACCGAGCCCGAGCCCCCGGCCGAACCCGAGCCCCCCGAUGACCGGGACUACUCAGAUGGGGAAGAUGAGAAGCCCCCGCUGCCCCCUCGCUCCGGCUCCACCAGCUUCUCUGCCAGCAGCCCCUCCGCAGAGCUUCCGGGACCGCCGCCCGCCGAGAGUGCCCCCAACGGGCUGAGCACGGUGUCCCACGAGUACCUGAGGGGCAGUUACGGACUGGACCUGGAGGCCGUGCGGGCGGGAGCCAGCAACUUGCCACACCUGACCCGCACGCUGGCCACCAGCUGCCGUCGCCUGCACAGCGAGGUGGACAGAGUGCUCUCCGGCCUGGAGGUCCUGUCCAAAGUGUUUGACCAGCAGAGCUCUCCGGCCAUGUCGCGCAUCUUGCAGCAGUCGAGCGCCGGGCAGUCUGGAGAGCAGGAGCUGGAGAGCCUGGUGGUGAAGCUGUCUGUGCUCAAGGACUUCCUGGCCGGAAUCCAGAAGAAGGCGCUGAAGGCCCUGCAGGACAUGAGCUCCGCGGCCCCCCCGGCCCCACUGCAGGCCUCGACCCGCAAGGCCAAGAGCAUCCCGGUGCAGGCCUUCGAGGUGAAGCUGGACGUGACGCUGGGCGACCUGACCAAGAUCGGGAAGUCGCAGAAGUUCACGCUGAGCGUGGACGUGGAGGGCGGCCGGCUGGUGCUGCUGCGCAGGCAGAAGGACUCCCAGGAGGACUGGAGCACCGUCCCCCACGACCGCAUCCGCCAGCUGAUCAAGUCCCAGCGGGUGCAGAACAAGCUCGGCAUCGUGUUCGACAAGGAGAAAGACCGGACCCAGCGCAAGGACUUCAUCUUUGUCAGCGCCAGGAAGCGGGAGGCUUUCUGCCAGUUGCUGCAGCUGAUGAAGAACAAGCACUCGAACCAGGAUGAGCCGGACAUGAUCUCUGUCUUCAUCGGCACCUGGAACAUGGGCAGCGUGCCUCCCCCAAAGUCAGUGACGUCCUGGUUCACAUCCAAGGGUCUGGGGAAGACCCUGGACGAGGUGACCGUGGCCAUCCCCCACGACAUCUACGUCUUCGGGACCCAGGAGAACUCCGUGGCCGACCGAGAGUGGACGGACCUGCUGCGUGGGGGCCUGAAGGAGCUCACGGACCUGGACUACCGCCCGAUCGCCAUACAGUCCCUGUGGAACAUCAAGGUGGCCGUGCUGGUGAAGCCGGAACACGAGAACCGCAUCAGCCACGUCAGCACGUCCAGCGUCAAAACCGGCAUCGCCAACACUCUGGGGAACAAAGGGGCCGUGGGCGUCUCCUUCAUGUUCAACGGGACCUCGUUUGGCUUUGUGAACUGUCAUCUCACCUCAGGCAAUGAGAAGACAGCCCGACGGAACCAGAACUACUUGGACAUCCUGCGUCUCCUGUCUCUGGGUGACCGGCAGCUCAGCGCCUUCGACAUGUCCCUGCGCUUCACACACCUCUUCUGGUUCGGCGACCUCAACUAUCGGCUCGACAUGGACGUGCAGGAAAUCCUGAACUACAUCAGCCGCAAGGAGUUCGAGCCGCUGCUCAGGGUGGAUCAGCUCAACCUGGAGCGGGAGAAGCACAAGGUGUUCCUGCGAUUCAACGAAGAGGAGAUCUCCUUCCCCCCCACCUACCGCUACGAGCGUGGCUCCCGCGACAGCUACGUCUGGCACAAACAGAAACCAACAGGGGUCCGGACCAACGUCCCGUCGUGGUGUGACCGGAUCCUGUGGAAGUCAUAUCCCGAGACCCACGUCAACUGCAAUUCGUACGGAUGCACAGAUGACAUUGUCACCAGUGAUCAUUCCCCAGUGUUCGGGGCCUUUGAGGUUGGGGUCACAUCCCAGUUUGUCUCCAAGAAAGGGUUGCCCAAGCCGUCGGACCAGGCCUACAUCGAGUUCGAGAGCAUCGAGGCCAUCGUCAAGACCGCCAGCCGCACCAAGUUCUUCAUCGAGUUCUACUCCACCUGCUUGGAGGAGUAUAAGAAGAGCUAUGAGAAUGACAGUCAGAGCAGUGACAACAUCAACUUCCUCAAGGUGCAGUGGUCUUCCCGCCAGCUCCCCACGCUGAAGCCGAUUCUGUCGGAGAUUGAGUAUCUGCAGGACCAGCACCUGCUGCUCACGGUCAAGUCCCUGGACGGCUACGAGUCCUAUGGCGAGUGCGUGAUCGCCCUCAAGUCCAUGAUCGGCAGUACGGCCCAGCAGUUCCUCACCUUCCUGUCCCACCGCGGCGAGGAGACGGGCAACAUCCGCGGCUCCAUGAAGGUCCGGGUGCCCGCCGAGCGGGUGGGCACGCGGGAGCGGCUCUAUGAGUGGAUCAGCGUGGACAAGGAUGAAACGGGGGCCAAAGCCAAGGGUCCGUCUGGGGCUCGGGGCAGUCAGGACAGCAGGUCCGCAAACCGGAAGGCCGUCCCAGGGGAGGGUCCCUGUCCACUGAACAGGUUGUUCGAGGAGCCCGAGAAGCCCCCACCCACUGGGCGACCUCCGGCCCCUCCCAGGGGAACCCCCCGCGAGGAGCCCCCCACCCCAAGGUCCAAACUGGAGGCGGAGGCGGAAGCGGUGCCCCCAGCACCCAAGAACAGCUUCAACAACCCAGCGUACUAUGUCCUGGAGGGUGUACCCCACCAGCUCCUGCCACCUUCCGUCCCUGGCCCCGCCAAGGCCCCUGCCCCUGCCCCCGCCCCGCCCCCCACCCCCACUCCUUCCGUCGUGGCCAGGAACAAGGUGCCCAUCACGGUGCCGGUGGCCCAGCCCGGUUGGCCCCCGCGGCGGGGAGCGCCCGAGGAGAGCUCCUCAGAUGAGGAAGGGGGCACGCUGCCCCCUCCAGACUUCCCGCCGCCCCCGCUCCCCGGGCCGCCCGCCGGGGGGGGCUGGGGCCCGCAGCGAGGCCCGCUGCCGCCCCCCAAAGCUCACCCACGGCCCCCCCUGCCUUUGGGGCCCCCCGCGUCCUUGGCCCCCGCGGCGGGGCUGUUUCUCGGGGCCCCGCCGGGCAGAGACGAUCGCUCCUGCUCGGUGCUGCAGAUGGCCAAGACGCUCAGCGAGGCCGACUACGCGGCCGGGGGCGGGGCGCUGCCCCCCGACUUCACCCGGCCCCUGGGGUUCCCCCCCGCCCACAUCCGCGAGAGCAUCCAGGAGGAUGCGGCCGAGGAGGCAUCGUGCCCCGUGGGGCGGACCGGUGCCCAGAGCGAGGCGGGCGUUGGGGUGUGGCUGCGGGCCAUCGGGCUGGAGCGCUACGAAGAGGGCCUGGUGCACAAUGGCUGGGACGACCUGGAGUUCCUCAGCGACAUCACGGAGGAGGACCUGGAAGAGGCGGGCGUGCAGGACCCGGCCCACAAGCGUCUCCUGUUGGACACCUUGCAGCUCAGCAAAUGACCGGCCGCCUCCCCCGUUUCCCCGGAACUCUAGCCGGGCGGGGCGGCGGGACGGUGGCCGUGGCGCCCGGAGUCUCCCCGUCCC